GCUCUCAUCUCUUUAAAAAGUUCUUGCUACUCUCUCCGAGAAUUAUAAAGCUUCAUAACCCCUUUUCCUGAGAGAAAAAAUUAAGCAAAUAUGCUGCACCCACAGAGCCUUUGCCACCCACAGCAACUUUCCUCCCUCAGUAACAAUGUCAAAACCAAAACCCCAGCCACCCGCUUCGUCAAACUCCGUCAACUGUCGGUUUCCGCCGUAGGAGCCUCCCUCAGCCUCGUCCGGCGGUGACAGGCCCAUCGAGGACACACUCGAUGCCACCUGAGAAGGUGGAGAUCUUCAAGUCUCUUAACGGCUGGGCCGAGGAAAAGAUACUCCCACUACUAAAACCAGUGGAGCAGUGCUGGCAGCCGCACGAUUUCUUGCCUUACUCAUCCUUGCCGAUGGAUGUGUUCGAGGGGCAAGUGCGUGAACUACGUGAGAGAUCGUCGGAAUUGCCCGAUGACCACUUGGUGGUGUUGGUCGGUGACAUGAUCACAGAAAAGGCCCUACCCACGUACCAGUCUUUCGUGAACCGGCUCGACAGGGUCAAUGACGAGACCGGUGCCAGCCCGGAUGCUUGGGCCACCUGGAACCGUGGUUGGACCGCGGAAGAGAACCGACAUGGCGACCUGCUCAAGACCUACCUGUAUCUCUCCGGUCGUGUCAAUAUGCCCAAGAUCGAGCGCACCAUUCAGUAUCUUAUCGGCAGUGGCAUGGACACGGGAACAGAGAACAAUCCCUACUUCGGAUACGUGUACACGUCGUUCCAAGAGAGGGCCACGUUUGUAUCACACGGCAACACAGCCCGGCUGGCUAAGGAGCAUGGGGACACAGUGUUGGCACGCAUCUGCGGUAGUAUUACAGCAGACGAGAAGCGGCACGAGAAUGCAUACGUGAAAAUGGUGGAGAAGCUACUGGAGAUAGACCCCUCCGACGCAAUGCUCGGGAUCGCCGAUAUGAUGCGAAAGAAGAUCGCUAUGCCUGCUUACCUCAUGUAUGACGGCCAAGAUCCCAAUCUAUUCGAUAAUUUCGCCGCUGUCGCACAGAGGGUCGGCGUUUACACGGCCGGUGACUACGCAGACAUUCUGGAUUUCCUGGUUGGGCGGUGGAAGCUGGAGAAACUGGAGGGUCUCAACAGCGCUGCCAACGAAGCCCAGGAUUUUGUGUGUGGUUUGGCUCCCAGGUUCCGAAAGCUGCACCAACGAGCGGAAGAACGAGCACGUAAGACGAAGCCACGUACCGUUGGCUUCAGUUGGAUCUUCGACAGGGAAGUUGCGUUCUAGAUCUUUCUGUAUCUGUAAUAUGAAUUCCUAUCUAACGAUAUAUAUAUAUAUAUAUAUAUAUAUAUAUUAAUGGAUGUAAAAUACAUACCUACUUUAUUUCAUUGGUACUACCCAUAUGGGUACAUCAUGUGUGGAGGUAGCCACAUGGGUAGAGAAUCCAGUCCAGACUAAAAAUAGUUAGGAUCAACUGAUCAAGUAGAAAAAGAAAAGACGUAUAGCUUCUUUCA